CUUCACGGACUCACGUCCGUUGCUAGCGCUUAAAAUUAAAAAAAAAAACUCUUUUUGGCAUACAAAACCUACUUGGUAAUAAACAUAGUGAUAUAAUCUGUGCCUGUGACAGUUUCGUACAAUUUGACAGUUUACUUUUUUUUUUUUAAUAAUAACUUUAGUGCAUGCAAAGGCAUAACUUUUAACGAACUAAACUAAAAAAACUUUUAUAAAUGCAAGAAAUCGAAAAGCAGAAUACGAGUUUUUUGGCCAAAUUUUUGAAAAAUUUCAAGGACUUUUUGUACUUAUAUCUGAAAUUCGUUUUUUAUGCUAUAGUCAUUUACGUUAUUUUCUACUAUUACGAUUAUUAUUUGGGCUAGUAACUAGUUUUAGUGUUUUUGGGUUAGUAGUUUUAGUGAAUUUAGUGAUUUUAGUGUUCUAGAGACAACUAUGUGAAGUGAAAGUGAGAACUUAGUGAGAAAUUAAAUGAACUGAUUUUUGGGAUUUUUUCGUUUUUUUGGAAAUUUCAACUGUGAUACUGGAAAGGAGAGACGGUUACACAAUGAAGCGAUCUCGGCACAGAUGGCUGGGGAUCGGAUUAUUUUGUGUAGCCCUAGCAAUCCUGUCAGCGGACGUCCCCGCCACGUCCGCGGCGCGCGCCACGUCGCUCAUCCACGCCAAAACCACCACCACCACCACCGCGGCGCCCGAGGAGGAACCCACGGGGAAUGACGAUGAAGCUCAGGAGGACCCCACAGGGGAAGAAGCUACCAAUUCAACUUCAAAACUGACGGGGAUUCCCCAACUCGACUACAUCCAUGACCCCAAUUUGCCCCGGGAGCUGAACGGGUACAACCUGUCCGAGUACCCCUUCUACGCGACCGUCCCCCCUCCGGAAACCAUGGACUUCAAGUGUGACGGGCUGCACGAUGGGUUCUAUGCUUCCCCACCUCAUAAAUGUCAGGUGUACCACCACUGCCUCUUCGGCACCAGGUACGACUUCCUCUGCGCUAACUACACGGCUUUUGACCAGAAGACGUUCAUCUGCCAGUUCGUCUCUGAGGUCGACUGCAAGAACUCUGCUAAUUGGUUUAGCAGAAACGAAGCCCUGUACAAAUCCGCCUCAACUGAAGCUCCAUCAACCACCACCACGUCAACGACCACCACCACAACCACCACCAUCCGCCCCCCGCGCCCCGGCCGCCGCCGCCCUCACCCCCGCUACGAUUACUACGACGAUGAUUAUUAUUAUCCAAGGGAUGAUUACGAUUAUGAAGAAAGGGGAGGCAGAAGAAAUAGGCCACGCUCUAGACCAGGCAAAAGAAGACCAGUCGCUGACUACGAUGACGGGUAUGAAACUCGUCCAAGACCUCGCGAUGAACCUGAAGAGGAGUAUGAAGAAAGGAGACCUUACGAUAGACCAAGACCUGGUAAGAGACCAUAUUCAGGCAGCAGAAGACCUUACGAUGACGAAGAAAGAAGACCAUAUAAAGGUGGCAGAAGACCUGGUAGACGUGAUGAAGAAGAAGAUAGAUACGUACCAGAUGACGUAGAAGAAGAAAGACCUAGAGGUAGUAAAAGGGGAGAAUACAAACCUAGAGAUAAGGCUAGGCCUAGAGACGAAGAUAGAGUAAGAGAUGAAAUAAGACCCAAGGAUGAAGCUAGAGACGACAUCAGUCCAACAGAUGAAAUCAAACCAAGAGAUGAGAUCAGAUCCAGAGAUGAAAUAAUUCCCAAAGAUGAAAUCAGACCUCGAGACGAAUUUAAAUCCAGAGAUGAAAAAAGACCUAGAGAUGAGAUAAGGCCUAGGGAUGAAGUCAAACCUCGGGAUGAAAUAAGGCCUAGGGAUGCGAUCAAACCUAGAGAUGAAAGACGGCCAUUUAGAGAUGAUACAACAGCAUCAGACAAUUCUAGACCUCGAGAUCGUUUUCAAACAAGCGAGGGUAGAAGACUCUACGACCGACCAGCUAGAGGUAGAGAUGAAAGACCCUACUCAAGACCUGAAAGAAAUUACGAAAGUGAUGAUAGAACUGAAGAGAAACGCCAAGUACCCUCAGCUCCUGAAGGACAAACGAUGGUUAAACCAAAUGGUCACGGAAUUUUCAGUAAACCAAGGCCGCCACCAAAAAUAAAAAGGCCCGUACCAAUUAGUGAAAAAGAUAAGUAUGAUUAUGUUCCCAUAGCUACAACUAAACCACCACCAAAAGCUGAUGAUGAAUAUUAUGACGAUUACGAGGAAGAUGAUAUGAGGAAACCUUUGCCCUCUGCGAAAACGAGCACAGUACAGCAAAGGCCGAAACUUGAGCCAGUAGAAAAAGAAAAGUUUAAGCCUACACGACCGCAUUUCACCAGUCCCGCUGAAAAGUUAAAAAAAAUGAAAAAGCCUAUAGAUUAUGAAGAAGAGGAAUAUUAUGACGAACCACCGGCAAAAUCUCAAAAAUACACCCAAAGGGGAAAAGAACGACCAUCGAGAUCUAAAGAUGAUGAUUAUUACUAUGACGAUAAAGAUAAAAUAGCUGAAAGUCCAAGAAAGAAUUUGGAUGAAGAUGUUACGGCCAAAGUUAAAGAAGUAAGGCCGGGAGUUAAAGUUAUUAGACGGCCUUUUUUACCGUCUAGGGGUGGGAGUCCUUAUCUCCCAAGAGGACUGCAACCGGUAGCUGGAAAGAAUCUCCGUUUACCCCCUAACACCACCCCUAAACCUACCACUACUUCUACUACUACGACCACUACUACUACUACAACUACAACUACUACUCCAAAACCUACUACAACUACAACUACAACACCAAAACCUACUACUACAACGCGAAAACCUACUACUACUACCGAAAGGAAGACUACUACAACCACAACAGAAAAACCUACUACAACUGAACGCUUUACAACAACCGAAAAGACAACAACAACAAUCGCAACGGAAAAACCAAGCACAACAGCUGUCCCUGAAGAGGAAUACGAAUAUUAUGACGAAGAAGACAUAGAAUACGAAUCGAAAGACAAAAAAGAACCAAUAGAAUCUACUCCAGCAGAAAUUAAAGAACCGUCAACAACAACUGUCCUCACAACAACAAACUCUCGUGAAACAACAACGUAUGAUAGAGCGCAAUUUUUAGAAGCGAUAAAAGACAAACCAAGACAAUCAGUCACUACAGAUGAAGCACCUAUAAUAACCACGACUAAUGAAAGGUUUAGACCAAUCACCACAGCACCACCUAAAACUAAUUUAGAUAAUGAAAGGCCUAGAAAUCCAGCCAGAAAUGAAGAACGACCUCGAUAUUCAGACAUAGACGAUAGACCGAGAAAACCACUGUCAUCAGACGAAAGAGCUAAAAAUCUAGCCACAAAAGUAUUAAGAAACUUCAAUGAUAAUUACGACGCUAUCAAAGAGCAACUAGAAUCCACCUUAACACCAGGAGAUUAUCUAAAACCUUAUUUAAAUCAGUUACCUACGCCCUAUAGAGAAGUUAAGAGACCAGAAAUCAAACCCGAAAUCUCUAAAGGGUAUACAGCAACUGGUAAACCUUUGAAGAUACCAGAUAUUAAACAAAACCUUGCUGAUUCUAUAGAAAAUGAGUACGAUGUAAGAUUAAAUGAAGCGCUAGCCCCAAAUUUGCCUGUUAGGAUUCCUAGUGGAUUUGUUAUUCCAUCCGAAAGAGAUUAUACUUUUUCUAGAUUUAGGAAUAAUCUUCAUGCUGAACCUCAGUUCGCAGCAUCUGAAUUAAGCCAUUAUCAAGUUAGGAAAAGACCUCAGAUUUCAGGAGUUAGUAUAAGAACGCCUACAUCCUACUAUUUGCAACCUCAGAGGAUAAUUUAUGAAGAAAGCCUGGCUAGGCCGGCGAGGCAACUGUAUAGACAAUUAGGGAAUAUAUUUUAGGCUUUAAAUGUUAGUGACACGUCAACAAAGAUUUAUCAGGUACUUUACCCUACCGCGCUCCCCAGCAAUUUCCAUAUACCUAAACGUAGUUUGAUUUUAAUAGUAACCAAUGAAACUCAAUGAAAUUUUGUAGGUACGUUCUAGAAACAAACACCCUGUGUCUGUGGUUUACCAGAUUUCUGUAAAAUGUGCAGUUUUACAGUUACAUUGGCUCAAAGAUUAACUAAAUCUCUGAGCCAAAGUAAAUUAAAAACUACACAUAUUAAUAAAACCACGAGACAUCACUAAGAUCUGCACCCCUAAGUAUUUGAUAUCCCGAAAUUCCACGGACUCGCUAGCGAUUCGCUUCCUCGUAUUUGACACCCAUUGCUAGAAUAUGGAAUGCCCUUCCGACUUCCAUCUUCCCCACUAGCUAUAAUAUCCUUCCUUCAAAAGAAGAAUGAGUAGGAAUCUUUUAGGCAGGCGCGCUCAAUCUGCAUUAUGACUUACUGUUUUGUGUGAUUGUAGAACCAGGACUGUAAAAAAAUUGUAAAUAAUACAAGUAAAUAAAACCUAUUAAAUUAUUAACGGGAUUUUUAGUUAGUUAAACUAGUUAGUUUUGUGAAAUUGUAGACGAAAUCUAUACUGCCACUUUUUAUAAAAUCUUGGUGGUUCUUUGUUGACGUCUCGCUUAUAAUAUAGGUUUGAUUCAAAUUAUCGUGCUUUUCCAAGACAUCAAUGAUUUGAAUCUAAUCUUCAUCUGACAUCUAGCAUCAAACUUACCAUUAAGCUGGGUACUCACUUAGAAGUGUAGGUAAUAAUGUAUCUUAUGAUACUUAUAAUCAUAUAAUGUGACAAGUUAGCCUGCUGCGAGCUACUGGUCGAAAGUGUUAACAGUCUUUCUGCGAGCAUAAAUGUCCUGCCUGGUUAGUCAAAGUCAAAUCAUUUAUUCAAAAUAGGUACCUUAUCUUUGUAUACUUUUUCAUUAUCGUUGUUUGAUUUGUAAGAUAAUGCUG